AUGUUCAAAGCCGUAUUUAUUGCUAAUCUUGCCGAUCGUUACUCUGGUCAUGUCAUAGCCGUUGAUCGCGCAAUUGAAUUAAAAAAUGCUCCAUCGGGCGAAAUCUAUCUACACGGUGAUUUGAUUAUUGAAUUAGCAAAUAAGGAAAGAGUAGACGCCAUUUUCCCCGGUUAUGGAUUCUUAUCUGAGAAUGCGGAUUUCGCUCGAAGUUGUGAAUCAGCUGGUCUUUGUUUUAUUGAUCUGACACCCGAAAAAAUUCAUCAACUCGGCCUUAAACGACAUUGCUUAUGA